UCUGUUCAAAGCAAACAAUAAGCCGCUUAUGUAUAUUUGUUCAAUGAAGUGAAUUUGUAGCGAAGUAAUACCUAAAGCAUCUUUGUCAGAGUAUUUUAGACAAUAUUUUAAUUAAAAAUCAAUUUAGAUAAAAUUACUUGUUACUCAGAUUAAAAUAGUCAACUAUUAAAAUGGUUGAUUACAGCAAAUGGAAAGAUAUUGAGAUUUCAGAUGAUGAAGAUGAUACUCAUCCAAACAUUGAUACCCCAUCAUUAUUCCGAUGGAGGCAUCAAGCCCGAUUAGAAAGAAUGGAAGAACGUAAAAAGGAACAAGAAGAAUUCGAAAGAAUGAAGGCUGAAACAUUGAAGAAACUUGAAGAGACUAAACAGAAAAUUGCAACCUUAGAAAAAGAACAACCAAACACUUCAGACCUAAAUGUUUUAAGAAAAACACUUCAAGAAUUAGAGUUAGAAGAGCUAAAGAAAGUUAAAGCCAGAGAAGAAGAAUUGAAGAAAAAAGAAAAAUUAACACCAUGGAACGUUGAUACAAUUGGGCAUGCUGGGUUUACCAAAACAGUUAUCAACACAAAACCACGUAGACAAGAUGAUGAUUCAAAUUUACCAGAUGAGGUUCGAGAACAAAAAAUGAAAGAUUUUGUUAAAGCUAAUGAAAAAUCUUUGAAGAAAUUUGGAAUGUUAAGAAGAUAUGAUGAUAGUAAACAAUAUUUAUUAGAAAAUCCUCAUUUAGUUUGUGACAAUACUGCAAAUUACUUAGUAAUAUGGUGUAUAAAUCUAGAAAUGGAGGAGAAACACACGUUAAUGGAGCACGUUGCGCACCAGUGUAUAUGUAUGCAAUACAUUCUAGAAUUAUCGAAACAAUUAGAUGUUGAUCCAAGAGCUUGUGUGGGAUCAUUCUUCAGCAGGAUCCAAGUAGCCGAUGUAGAGUAUAAAAAAUCAUUUGAUGAUGAACUUGAGGCAUUUAAACAGCGAAUUCGCAAAAGAGCAGCAGAGAAAGUGGAAGAAGCUCUAAAAGAGGCUGAAGAACAGGAACGAAAACAACGGCUUGGACCAGGGGGACUCGAUCCUGUAGAAGUUUUUGAAAGUUUACCGGAGCCUUUACAAAAGUGUUUCGAAACGCAAGAUAUUCCUUUACUACAACAGACAAUAGCUGCAAUGCCAGAAGAAGAGGCUAAAUAUCAUAUGAAACGGUGCAUUGACAGUGGACUCUGGGUACCAGAUGCUAAAUCCAAACAAAAAGCUUUUGAGGGACAAGAAGAUGCAAAGAGUGAUGAGAUGAAUUCUACUGGUUCAACCGAUGUUCCUGAUACUGAUUAAUUAAUCUACUGAAAUUAAAAAUCAACAAUUGAGUUUCUCGGACCAUCAUUUUAUUACAAUUCCUUCUCAUCAAGUUACGCAUGCGUUCGCGGCAGUGUCGUACAUUAGAACGAACGUACAAGCAUAAUAACGAUGUGUUAUAGGGCACGACCAUAGAUGUAGAAUCUACAUUGUAGAUACAUAGAAAACUAUUCUAUAAAAAUAAAAUAUAUUUCUUUUUCUGAACUUGUUCCGUGAAUUGAUAGAACGCGAUGGCCUUUGGCAUAGUUGAUAUUCGUGUUCUAUCAUUACUUUUUAUUGUUACAUAUUAUAAAAUUGAUAUUAACUAUCAAACAGUUUUCUAUAUUUGUAAAUAAAAUAAAAGUAAUGCUAAUUUCUACGUAA